GAUCAAUGGGAAAGGCGGGCUACAACGCGGCGCCUGGCUGCUGGGCGCUGACUGUAGACUACUUCAGAUGUAUAAUGAGCUACAGAAACGUUACAUUAAAGAAGUCAAAACAAACCAGGAACAAAGAGAAGCAAUUAAAAAUCUCACUUGAUUUUGUACUGAUGCGAAUCCCAAUGUGGCCCUUUGACUCUCUCUUCACUGUUUUCACCUAAGCGAGAACUGAGCUGUUGGCAAAGAGUCUUAACACUGGUACUGCAAUGCUGAGUUGUAGCUCGACCACUGUGAAGAGUCUUCCCGUGAAGAAGAGGCUCUGUUUCCUCCUGAAACUGGUGUGCUUUGUCAGCUCAGUGUUCAUAUUUUGUGAAUUUUUAAUUUAUUAUGUGGUAAUUUUUCAAUGUCAAUGGCCAGAAGUGAAAGGUGGAACUCACAUGAGUAAAAAAGACAUUUCAACGUCAGUCAUAAAGGCCAUCAUUUUAGCUGAUACUCACUUACUUGGUGAAAUCAAAGGACAUUGGCUGGAUAAGCUAAGAAGGGAAUGGCAAAUGGAGAGAUCUUUCCAAACUGCCUUAUGGUUACUGCAGCCAGAUAUUGUUUUUAUUCUGGGAGAUGUCUUUGAUGAAGGAAAAUGGAGCUCACCUCAGGCAUGGGCAAAUGAUGUCAGGAGAUUUCGGAAGAUGUUUAAAUAUCCAGUUUCUACUGAGCUAGUGGUUGUUGCUGGGAACCAUGACAUUGGGUUUCAUUAUGAAAUGACUGCUUACAAGGUCAAUCGAUUUGAAAAGGUUUUCAACUUUACUUCGGGCAAGCUCUUAACUCGAAAAGGAAUAAACUUUGUGCUGGUGAACAGUGUGGCCCUGGAGGGCGAUGGAUGUGCCAUCUGCCAGAGUUCGGAGGCAAAGCUCGUGGCACUUUCUCACAAACUGAAUUGCUCCCAGCAGAAACCAAACCAUCCCAACCAAAGAUGUGAUGAUGUGGAAAAGCUUCCAGCGUCAGAACCCAUCCUUUUACAGCAUUACCCUCUCUACCGAAAGAGCGAUGCUGAAUGCAGUGGAGAAGAUUCUGCUUCUCCAGAGGAGAAGAGCAUCCCAUUUAGAGAAAAUUGUGCCUUAAUUUGUGUGCGUUACCCUUUUGCGCUCCAGCUGCUGUGGUGGUUUCGUCCCCGUUUGAUUCUCAGUGGGCACACACAUAGUGCUUGUGAAGUGCUGCACGCGGGGAAGAUCCCAGAGAUCAGCGUCCCAUCGUUCAGUUGGAGGAACAGAAACAACCCUAGUUUCAUCAUGGGCAGCAUAACACCAACUGACUUCUCCCUCCAAAAAUGCUUCCUUCCGUAUGAGAGCAGAGUCUUUACUAUAUACUGUGCAGCAGGUGCUCUGCUUGUAAUCCUGAUACUAGCUCAUUUUCAGCUUCUCACUUCACCAUUUUAUUUUGCUCAGCGUUUAAUCAGUAAGCGUAAAGCAGUAUGAAGAGCCAGACAUCUGCAUUCAGUCACUGAAAUACCAAAGCUGAGAACAGUCAAACAUCAGACUAUAUUCAUGCCAGCAAAUGACCUAAUUUGAUUGCUAGUCUGAAGGCAGGUUGCAUUUACACAUACUAUAGAAGUCCUAUACAGCUGAUAUGACUACUACAGGAUAAAUAAUUAACUGAAAUGAACGUUUCAUGCUGUACAAAAAUACUGUAUUCUACAAUCAAAUGAGUCCUUUUCCUGCUAUAAUUUUUGUAUCAAAUAUGUAUAUUAAAAGUGUAACUGUACAUUAUGUAAAUCUUCUAGCCUCAUCACUUAUCUGCACUAGUGUCUUACCCCGGUGGAGGCUCAGUCCUGCAAACUGGAAACAUUUCUCUGUUUUAUUGCUGCAUGGCCCUUCUCAUGUCAUACUUCUGUGUGUUAGGGUCAGGCAGAAACUAGACACAUCAGCACUGAGAGAUGUGCACUUCCGUAACCUUUUUAGGGUGUCGUAUGUUAAGGGACUGUGGUUUGGGACAAGGAAUCUUCCAGUUCCUGAACACGUUGAAUAGUUAGCUGACUACACUUUGCAGUUAGCGUCUACCAAACAAAGGGAAGAAGCUCGUGGAUCCAGUUGGCUGAGACACACUUAAAACUUGCUGAAAAAAAAAUUAAGGGGACACCUCAUGCUGCUAUUUUUAGAAAGAUGUGCUAUGAUGAGCUUAAGAAAUGAGGGCCCUCUGGCAUCCCAGAGAUGUGUGUGGCGAGGGGCCCUCCGGUUGCGAGAAGGAAGGUCAAAUACAGCUGCAGUAACAUUAUCCUAACGCCUCGGCCCUCAGUGUGCGGACAGAUGGGGAUGGGAAUGUGCCUCAUUGUAGGUUCCUGCAGGGCUGCCAAGUUCUGUGAACUGUAUUGUGGAGUCAUGUUUUGAACAGCACCGUCUCCUCUGUGGGGAGGUGGAGGCCGCAGAGCCAGAGCUGGGCCGCAGAGCCAGAGCCAGGCCAUGGGCCCCCGCUGGGCCGGCAGCACUGAGAAGGUCCAAUCUGAGCUCGAUGCCUCUGUGUGCUGCUUACGAGGGGAAGAUACGACAGACCUAAUGCUUCUCCUCACCUGCCCCACAAAAACCAGAGGGACUAUUUCACACCAGGACCAGUUUUCCUGUUGACAUUCCUGCAGAGGCUGGGAGCUCUAACCCCAACUCCUGGGCUGGGGGCCGUGCUUUCUACAAAAGCCUUAUCUUUUGUCGUUUGCUCCGCUACUGUCUUUGGCACGGGAAGCAAGAGAAUCUUUGCGUUGUUCGGGAGUUUUGUUUAUUAUUACCUUAUUCCACCCAGCCUUUGCCGUUCUGGGAAGUAUCUGCUGACUAAUUGAACGUACAGCUCUAGCAGGGUAUAGGCAUUUCUGGGAAGAGGAAACGGCCAUAUUAUAGUCUCAACAACGGGACUGUUUAUCAUCAAAUAGAAACAAAUUCUCAACUCGUCUGUAGUCUGAAUUUAGAAAGAUGACUGACUGGGCUUUGUAACUAAUGAAGAUGCUUACAGGGAAAAGUUAAUCAAACCUACUGAUUUAUAUGCCAAUGUGAGGAAUAAUGUGUUAGGUCUUUAUCUCUCCCUAAAUUUAAAAUGAAGUGGGAAGAAAGGUCCGAAGUGUGACAAAACACUCUGUAAAGUAAUGUAGUCUAACGCUUCUCUAGGUUUCUGUUAUUGCAACUGUAAUUGUAGACAUUUGUACAGGUUAUCUUGGACACAGGAAAAGUAUAUAGUCACAGACAUAAAACACCUAUGUAUAAAAUAUAAAGCAGUGUUAUAGUUACUAAAAAGGACAUGCCUUAUUGCUACAGCAAUUCUUGCUUUUUAUAUAUUGUACUGUACCACAACUUGUUUCGAGAAUGUCAUUUGCAUAAAUUAUUCAAGUUUGAGAAAUAUUCACACGUUUUGAUU